AUGGCUGCUCUCACCAACAAUGACAAAAUUUCGUACAAAGUGCUAGUGAUCGGCGACCCGGGCGUCGGAAAAACCUCUAUAAUCCGGCGUUUUGUGCACAACGUGUUCACGACCAACUACAAAGUUACGGUACGUGAAGCUCACGCUUAUUUACUACAACUUUUUGUCUUUUGCUCCCAGAUCGGUGUUGACUUUGCACUCAAAAUCCUGCCUGUCGAUGAGAACACAGUAGUUCAUCUUCAAAUCUGGGAUAUUUCAGGUUAG